UCAUAGACAUAGGCGGCGGCAUGUUUCUGGGACGGGCGUAAGUCGGGUACGCACUGAAGCUAUAAGAGACCGGUCGUUCCCAGUAGGCGCUCAGUUAGAUCAAGAUCGUUCGAGGGAGUCCCAUCGCCAACUCCAUUCAAACGGCAGUCGAGAUUCAACGCAUCAGCGAGUCAUCGGCAAGCAGAUUUUCGCGCGAGUUUUCGUUUUAUCGUUCUUCAACAUGCGUGAAUGUAUAUCCGUCCACGUAGGGCAGGCGGGAGUACAAAUCGGAAAUGCCUGCUGGGAACUGUACUGUUUAGAGCAUGGUAUUCAACCCGAUGGGCAAAUGCCGUCAGACAAGAUACUCGGAGGCGGUGACGACAGUUUCAACACCUUCUUCAGCGAAACCGGCGCCGGGAAACAUGUACCCAGAGCGGUCUUCGUCGAUCUCGAGCCGACCGUCGUGGAUGAGGUGCGUACAGGCACAUACCGGCAACUCUUCCAUCCGGAGCAGUUAAUAACCGGCAAAGAGGAUGCUGCCAACAAUUAUGCACGCGGCCACUACACGAUCGGCAAAGAGAUAGUGGACCUCGUUUUGGAUCGCGUUCGCAAGCUGGCGGAUCAAUGCACGGGACUCCAGGGCUUCUUGAUUUUCCAUUCGUUCGGCGGUGGCACCGGUUCUGGCUUCACGUCUCUGUUGAUGGAACGACUGUCGGUAGAUUAUGGAAAAAAGUCGAAACUCGAGUUUGCGAUUUAUCCGGCGCCCCAGGUCUCUACAGCCGUUGUCGAGCCGUAUAAUUCGAUUCUUACGACGCACACCACCCUCGAACACUCCGACUGCGCGUUUAUGGUGGAUAACGAGGCCAUAUACGACAUUUGUAGACGCAACUUGGACAUCGAACGGCCAACUUACACUAAUUUGAACCGCCUAAUCGGCCAGAUCGUGUCUUCGAUCACGGCCUCGCUGCGCUUCGACGGCGCGCUUAACGUCGACCUGACAGAAUUUCAAACGAACCUGGUGCCCUAUCCCAGAAUCCACUUCCCUCUGGUCACCUACGCUCCCGUCAUAUCCGCGGAAAAGGCAUAUCACGAGCAACUCUCCGUUGCCGAGAUAACAAACGCCUGCUUCGAGCCCGCAAAUCAGAUGGUCAAGUGUGACCCUCGUCAUGGAAAGUACAUGGCAUGUUGCAUGCUCUAUAGAGGCGACGUAGUGCCGAAGGACGUUAACGCGGCAAUCGCGACUAUCAAGACCAAACGCAGCAUUCAAUUUGUUGAUUGGUGCCCGACGGGAUUCAAGGUCGGCAUCAAUUAUCAACCGCCCACCGUCGUUCCCGGCGGUGAUCUCGCCAAGGUGCAGCGUGCCGUCUGUAUGUUAUCCAAUACGACGGCGAUUGCCGAGGCUUGGGCGCGGCUCGAUCACAAAUUCGAUCUGAUGUACGCAAAGAGAGCCUUCGUGCAUUGGUACGUCGGCGAAGGGAUGGAAGAGGGUGAGUUCUCAGAGGCACGGGAGGAUCUCGCCGCUUUGGAGAAGGAUUACGAAGAAGUCGGCAUGGACUCCAUCGAUGGCGAAGGAGAUGGUGCGGAAGAAUACUAGAAAAGAUCGAGAUUUUCCUAUUCUUGCCUUUUCAUAUUUCAUAUAUUUAUACUGUGACGCUUACCAUUUAUCGCUCAUCGCGA